AUGAGGAGGCGUUGCUUUCGGUCCAGCGGAGGCGUCGAGGACCGGCCUUUGCAGGCUCCGCUUCUGGUCUGGGCGGUGUCCCGCGCUGCCGCCCAGCCUUGGUUCGACCGCUGUGCUCCAGGGCGCGGCCGCCGAACCGCGCGUCGGGUCCCGCCCGCCCGUCCGCGCGCCGGGCCCGAGGCAAAGCCUGAUCGGACUGCGCCGGUUGCAGGCCGCUGCGCCGCCAUGGUGCGAGACUCCACUGUGGCCAGGAGCAGGAGCACCAAGCGCGGCUUCUUCUCCUCCCACGAGGACUAUUCGGUGCCAGAGCCAGUGAAGAGGAACUCCGACCUGCUGUUGGACUUUGCUCCGCAGGACGUGGCGCGCGCGGAAGGCCGACAGUCCGGCCUGAUGUGGGACCUGGAGGAACCUUCGUCGUCAUGGGUCCUCGAGGAGCAGAACGCGGGGGACCGCGACGAUCAGACGCUGGCGUCGUUCCUGAUGAGGGGCAACUCGCGCACCACUGUGACCGCGCACCACUCGCACCCCUCGCACGGCAGCUCCAUGCACUUGCUGAAGUCCUCGUCCGCGAAGCUGUCCUCGGCCGUCUCCCGCUGGACCGACGAGAUACCGCUCCAGUACAUCACAGAUCCACCGCUGUUCAUAGCCGAGCAUUCCGACAUGCAGGAGCCGCCGAAGGGCAGCGUGGUGCACCGCUACUGGAAGGAGCACGCGAGCUGGCUCGAGGAGUGGCCCGCAAUUGCCGACGCGUGCGACCACAUCGCGAAGGUGAAGGCUGUUUGGCAUGACAUGCUCGCGGACAUCCACGAUGCUGACAAUGUCUACGAUCAGCCGCAGAGGGACCCAGUGCGGAUGUUCGUCCACAUGGGACGCAAGCCCAUGGCCGUCCGCAGUAAGCCCACGCAGGAGCUCGGCGCCGCGGCCGAGGUCGUGCGCCCAGGUGAGAUAAUAGUCUCGGACUUGGCCGAGGAGAUCGGCGGCGUCCAGUACUACAGGAUCGCUGGAAGGCCAGCCGACACGCCAGGCUGGGUGUUCGACUCCAUCGGCGGAGAGACCAUCAUGGCAGAAAUGAAGAACGUGGACACCACGCCAGUGUGGUACAGGGCCAUUGCCGCGGGCAAGAUUUUCCUCCACAAGGUGCCUUCGUAUCACAGGGCCACCAUGAACGGGCUCAUCCUGGGCACCAAGGAGGUCUUCGUGGUCGAUCUGAGGUGUCGCGUCGGAGCGCAGGAUUACGUUCAUCUCGCCGAUGGACGUGGCUGGAUCUACGAGAGAGUGAAGCGAAAAGAUAGCGUGGUGGAGAUCAAGACGCCGACCAGCCGCAAGGACUUCAAGGCAGCGCAGUACGUCGCGGUGGUCGGGGAGUGCGAGGAGGAGAUGCUUUCAUCAGGAAGCGGCGGCCUCAGACACCGCAUGUCCGAUGUGCCCUCGACCACCGAUAUCGUCAAGACCGGGAUGUGGACUUACAUUGUCGGCGAGUCCCCCGUGCUCGUCAUCGGCGACGGGCCGCAGGGCAGCUUGCUGCAGCCGGGGGAGGAGAUCAAGGUGGACAAGAAGUGCACCGCGAACGGUGAUCUGUUUGUGAAAGGCAGCGGCGUGCUGGGGCGGCAGUGGUUCCGCCUCCACGGGAAGGAGCGCAGGGGGUGGGUGCCGGCCACCGCGGUGAACGGCAAGCAGCUGCUGUUCGAGAAGGAAGAGCAGAGCGCCUACCCGUCUUGGGGGACUUCAGCGCGGGAGAGCGUGGACGCGACCGAGGAUUGGAUGAUCGGUACUGUGUGA